UCCGGGACGGGGAGUGGACGCCCAGCAGAUCGCGGGACUCCGCCCACAGUUCCAGCGCGCACAACGCGCUCUACUGGCGCUGCGGCGUCCGCCUGACACGAAACAUAUCUCAAGGGCGAAGGACGCGUAGAACAUAAAGUCAAUGUUCAGCGCGACCUUCAUCUUUGACAGCUACAUCUCCCCUUGGUUUCGGCAUUUUGCCCACAACAACCUUCUCCUAAAACCAUAGGCUCCUCCACCACGACGUAGCCGGUUGGCAGCACUGCACUGAAUGCCCAAUGCCCAUAGCAUAUGACCCGCAUGAAAAAAACCAGCUGCAAACUAGCUUGUAUAUAAGCAGCACUCACCAGGCCAGCUUCAACCAUCCUCAAACCAAACCAGCAAGAACAUCAACCGCACUCCGCGAACCAGCAACAUGAGUGUAGAAAUCCUUGACGGCAAGACCAUCCGGAGCUUCGUCGAGGACGAGGGCGCCUUCAACUCCUCCGUGGACGGCCGGUUCGUGGCCCUCGACACCAACCGUGAUGGCCUGCUCUCGUACUCGGAGAUGGCCAAGGAGCUCAUGAGCCUCAGAGUUCUUGAGAAGCACUUCGGCGUCGAUGAGGCCGCCAUGAGCCCCGACGAGCUUGUGGAGCUGUACCGUGGCCUGUUUGCGCAGUUCGACCGGGACGGCAACGGCACGGUGGACGUGGAGGAGUUCCGGGCCGAGAUGAAGGAGGUGAUGCUCGCCGUCGCCAACGGCAUCGGGUUCCUGCCGGUGCAGAUGGUGGUCGAGGAAGGCAGCUUCCUGAAGGUGGCUGUGGACAGGGAGCUGGCCAAAGCAGCUUGAAGCAACAGUUUUGCAGCAAUUUUGUCACACGUCUACGAUUUCUAAUUUUAUAUUGCCAUUCUUGUACUUGAUUGGAGCUAUUUCAUUGCUAGUUGCUCGUGCUUAUUUAGUGGGAUACGGCAGAAGCCCAAAAGUUAUAAUGCUGUAGUUCAUAAACCACACAAGCUAGUUAAACAAAUGGAAAUGUUGUGUGGCUAUGCUUGUGAAAGCCUACAUGUGGAAAUAAAAGUGGCAGUUUUGGAAUC